AUGGCAUCAUUACCUAAUAGGCAGGAAGAAGCUCAGCAGAUCGACCAGGAGCUCUUCAACGAGUACCUGUUUAGUGUGGACCAGCUGAUGGAGCUGGCCGGCUACAGCUGUGCCGUCGCCGUGGCCAGGUGCUACCCAGUCGAGGCCCUGAAGAAGGACCACGCGGCUGUACUGGUCAUCUGUGGUCCAGGCAACAACGGAGGGGACGGGCUGGUGUGUGCCAGACACCUCAAGCUCUUCGGAUACAAGCCUACACUGUUCUACCCCAAACAAAACAACAAACCUUUGUUCAAGGCCCUCGCUCUACAGUGUGAGCGGCUGGACAUCCCGACCCUGUCUUUCUUCCCCACCGACCCACAAUGCAUCGUGGACAGUUUCAACCUUGUGGUAGACGCCCUCUUCGGCUUCAGCUACACGCCCCCCGCCCGCCCCGAGUUCUCGGGGGUCAUCCAGAGCCUCAUACAGAUACAGGAUCGGGUUCCUAUCUGCUCCAUAGAUAUUCCCAGUGGGUGGGACGUGGAGAAGGGCAACCCCGAGGGUCUCCAGCCCAGUCUCCUCAUCUCCCUCACCGCCCCCAAACAGUGCGCCACCCAGUUCAAAGGUCAAAGGCAUUUCCUUGGCGGGAGGUUUGUUCCCCCCACCCUAGAACAGAAAUACGGCCUCCGACUGCCCCCCUACCCCGGCACUGACCCCGUGGUGGAGCUCAAGGUGCCAGACAGGGAGGACAACUCGCAGAACCAGUCUUGAGAACUUCCAUGUAUUUGUCAGAAAAAAAAAAUUAUGAGUUACCUUUCCUUUCUAAAAACUUGUUCAAUUUUUAUACUAGUGGUUUCCAGAUUUAAUGAAAAUAGAAUUAUUUUU